AAGCCGCCCGCGCGCACGGCACUCUAACUACCGCGCCCGCGAUCAAUACCCUAUCUAACCUAUAAUUAAUUAAAUAUAAACCAUUAAUAAAGAAUAUCCUAAAGUGUUUCACAUUUGCCGUUUUGAUUACCCCGUGAGUGACAUUCGCGAUGCUGCGAUCAUUUCGUAAACACCAUAAAUAAAUCAUAGCAAACACAUGAUCGGAAGUACUGGGUAACCCAUGAGCUAUUCCUGUCCCUCCAGAAUCGUAUAACGUCAGAUUUCUCGACCAGUGAAGGUAAAGGUACAGUCAAUGUAACAUGUGUUAAAGGCUUAAAAAAGUGAUUUAAUUGUGUUAGCAAGUCGAUGUGUUGUCGGUGAUCGCGGACGUAUGAGUUGAGGUGACGGGCGGACAGCGAUGACGUCACUCAAGCACGGAGUCAACCUGAGCAGGCGCGCUUGCAGGCGCUUGCUGACGGCCCUGACCGCAGCUGCACUCCUGGUGGUUACUUCUAGCAAUCCUAUUGAAAGUUCGACGAAACAAACUCCGUCCAUUACAGUCGAUGGCAUCUCUACCUAUCCAGGUCUGGGGUUCGGUCCGAUGGGGCCCGUGGUGCCGCUCCCCGGGGACCCUCCCGGCACGCAGCUGCGGCAAAAACAAGAGACAACUACACAGCUACCGACAACAGUCAAACCGAAGAAAGAAAGAAGCAUUGUCAUCGCUGCGGUUGAAUUUCAUCGUGUCGAAACUCCAUUUCUAAUUGGAUUAUGGAUAUUCUUUGCUAGCAUUGCUAAGAUUGGAUUCCACAUGGCUCCGAAGUUGUCGAAGAUGUUCCCUGAGUCCUGCCUGCUGAUUUUUGUGGGGGUUCUGAUUGGAGCUCUACUUCUGAGCACACAUAGUGUUCAUGUGCAACCACUGACACCGGAUACCUUUUUCCUGUAUAUGCUGCCACCUAUCAUACUGGACGCUGGUUAUUUCAUGCCGAACAGGCUUUUCUUCGACCAUUUAGGAACGAUAUUACUAUUCGCUGUAGUUGGAACUGUCUUCAAUACAUUAACUAUAGGUGCAUCACUAUGGGCGUGUGGACAAACUGGAAUGUUCGGAUGCACCACGCCUCUGCUAGACAUGCUGUUAUUCGGCGCACUUAUUUCUGCAGUAGAUCCUGUCGCCGUACUGGCUGUCUUUGAAGAGAUUCACGUAGAUGAAGUACUGUAUAUCGUUGUGUUUGGUGAAUCACUACUGAAUGAUGCUGUUACUGUGGUCUUGUAUCACAUGUUUGAAGCAUAUACAGAAAUGGGUGCAUCGCAGCUGAUGUACACGGAUUUCCUGGCGGGUUUUGCGUCGUUCCUUGUGGUUGCAUUUGGUGGAACAUGCAUUGGUGUCGUGUGGGGCUUUGCCACCGGCCUAGUGACGCGCUUCACACACGAAGUGAGGGUCAUCGAGCCCAUCUUUAUUUUCGUGAUGGCAUACCUCGCAUACCUCAACGCGGAGAUGUUCCAUAUGAGCGGAAUUUUAGCAAUAACAUUUUGCGGCAUAACAAUGAAGAAUUAUGUAGAAGCGAAUAUAUCUCAUAAAUCUCACACCACUAUAAAGUACACAAUGAAGAUGCUUUCGUCAUCGUCCGAGACCAUCAUAUUUAUGUUCCUUGGCGUGGCCACUGUCAAUAACAACCACGACUGGAACACGUGGUUCGUACUCUUGACCAUCGUAUUUUGCUCAGUAUUUCGUAUCAUAGGCGUCUACAUAUUUAGUGCUGUUGCAAAUAAAUUUAGAUUGCACAAGUUGAAUACUGUUGAGAAAUUUGUUAUGUCUUACGGAGGACUUCGAGGGGCAGUUGCAUUUGCGUUAGUGCUAUUAAUAGAUCCAGAAGUAGUACAACUACAGCCGAUGUUUGUGACAACAACCAUCGCUGUGAUUUACUUCACCGUGUUCAUACAAGGCAUCACUAUAAAGCCAUUGGUGAAGAUACUGAACGUGAAAACGGCAGAGAAGAGGAAGCCAACAAUGAACGAAAGGAUACAUGAGCGAUUUAUGGAUCAUUUGAUGGCGGGUAUUGAAGACAUUUUAGGCAAACAUGGAAACCAUCAUAUGAGGGAUAAGUUUAAGAGAUUUGAUAACCGAUUCAUCCGACCGUUCUUGUUGAGGAAUUAUCAGGGAGCGGAGCCAAAAAUAUUGGAAACCUACUCAAAAUUAGCAAUGAGAGACGCGAUAGAAUACAUGCAGAGAAAUGCUUCCACGAUCGGAAACAUAUCUGGCGCUGAAUCGAUGUCAGCUAUAUUCAAAAAUUAUACAAAUGCUAAUUUCAAUGGAAGUCCCAGCUUUAGCCAAUUAGACUCAUCUACAUGGAAUAUAGAUAUGCAAGAAUUGGAAUACAAUCCGUCCAAGAAAGAUUUAACAGAUGCUAGGAUUCAUCACUUACUUGCCGAGGAACUCUGCAAACCGUACAGAAGACAUCGUCGCUUGAGCUACAGCAGACAUGCAGUGAAUGAUCGAGAUCUUGGCACACAAGUUAACUAUAAGACACACAUGAAUAUAAGAAGACUGGUUGGUGAUAGGAAACACCACCACAAGCGCAGCAAACGUGGAAAACAGGAUGGCAAAAACCAUGUCACUUUCCCAGAAUUCCAGCAAAAUGGUUCAGCCAAACAGUUCACGCACGGUAAAAAAAAGUAUUAUAGAUUAGAUUACAUAGACGAAGUGCUACAGGAAGAUGAAGAUCGUGAGCCUCAUAGAGAAGACACCGACGGCGGUAUUACUUUUACUGCCAAAUCCCCACCUGGAUAUAAAGAAGUCAGCCCGACGUCCUCGCACAAGGAGAACAGUAGUUCGCUCUUAAAUCAGUUGGCUAACCUGCCCGGGUUCAAUCCAUUGAAAGCGAGGAUCGUAAAGCAAUACGCUAAAACGCCAGAGGAGAUACUGCCGACUGCCGUUGAAAAAUCAUUACCGUGGCGAAGGGACAGGUCCACGUACAAUUUUGUACCAAACGAGGACAUACUCGAAGAGGAUGAGAGAAGAAUGUCGGACGAUAACGAUGCUUACAUGACAGUGGCGGAGCAGGCUCGUGUGGCCACUCCGACGGCGACGGAGACCAUGUUGCCAUGGAAACGGGAGGAGACUGAAGGAUCGGGCGCACUCAAGCAAUCCGAGUUCCCCUCGUGGGCAUCGAAUAAAGAAUACUUAGCUUAUAGCUCCCCAUCAGCUACUUUCUUAGGUGGCAUAGAGAAGCCAAAACAUCCGAAAUCUAUCAUAGGUCUAUUCCGAAGAGAGAGCUCAAGUUCCACACAAGGAGCCCCAGAGUUGCUGUCAGGCUCUGAGACUGAAGGGAAUAAGACGGAUGGCAGUAAAGGCGAAUCUUCCGUGAAGGGAGAAGUAACUUCUAGAACUGGGCCGAAUUUACUGUCGAAAAGAAGCACAAGCUUGGGAGGUCCGUCUGUAUUACUAAUGGAGGAUGUAGCCCAUUCUGAUCCACUUGGCGCCUCUAGUAGACCAGCGAGCAUCAUGCAGGGACCGCAUAGGGGGCAGUGUAGGAGGGGAUCAAUGCUAGAAUUAACUGGGUCACUGUCACGGGAUGCGAUUACCGAGGAGAAAUGCAGUAAAUCAUUGCCCGAGAGCGAGAGGAUGGGUGUCAGGAGGCUGACACUGGGGCAGCAAAGUCUGCCACGAGAACCAUUCAUCAGGCAGAUGCCGAUGACACCAAAUCUACUCACCAGCUCAUCGUCAGACGACUCAUCUGACGAAAAUACCUGAGUGCCCCGCCGUGGUGACCACGAUAGGUUGCCACUGCUCAGAUAUAGGACAUUGAAGUGAGACCGCACAUAAUAUUGUCUAAUUCGUGCUGUGAAACUGUGGUCUAUGAAUAGUUUGUUUUUAAAUUGUAGUUACGCAAAAUUAGUUGAUCUGUAAUGGA